AUGUUUGCUAACAGCGGCCAUCUUGAAAAAACAGUUUUACUGUUUUCCUUAUACACUGUUUCUUCGUUGAUUUUUUAUCAUUGUAAAUACUUCUGUAUUUCAACCUUUCUUUCAGACUUUAUCAAUCGAAUUCUGUCUUUAUUUAUCUAUCUAUCUAUCUAUCUAUCUAUCUAUCUAUCUAUCUAUCUAUCUCAGUUAUUUCAAUUAGUCUUUCUUUAUUUCCUUAUGCAUUUUUCUUUUACCUACUUUUCCGUUCUUUUUUCUUUUUCUUUCCUGCAUUUCAUUAUUCAAUUAUUUUCUUUAUUUCUCUUCUUCCCUGCUUUUCUCUCUAUUUCUUAUUUUCCGCCAUUUCUUUUUUUUCUCUUUUCUCUUCCUUCUCCUGUUCCUUCUUUAGCCCACUUUUUUCUUUGCUUUCUCUUAUUCCUUCUUUACUCUUUCCUUCUUGUUCUUUACCCUUGUUUUUUGCUUUUGUUCAUUUUACUCCCAGUCUUUCGUUCGUUGAAUUAUUGUGACCAGCUUUUCGGUCACAUUGUCAUAUUACAUCACUCACUUCAGUCUAUAAUUGUCAUAUAUAAUACGAAUAUAUAUCUAUCUAUCUAUCUAUCUAUCUAUCUAUCUAUCUAUCUAUCUAUCUAUCUCAGCAUUAUUAUUUACCACGAGAUCAAAUCGACUUUCCUUUCUUCUUAUGACAAUAACACAGCUCAGAUGACCGAGCCAGAAAUCGAUAUCAACAAUUAUGUUACAAUUAUGUUUCUGUGA